AUGAAGCCCGUCAUAUUGUUGAGCUAUACUCUUCUCUCCUCUUUUCCUUCUUCGCUCGCCCACCCAGGCAUGGGAGAGGCAAUGUCCGAGAUGAAAAGGGCUGCCCUGGUUGCUCGGGCUGACCCGAAGCAGCUCCUCGGCGACUUGAAGACGCUCAAAGAUUCCCAGCUCACGGCUAUUGGCAAAGAUAUCAAAGCCAUUCUCCUCUACACGAAAGACGCGCGCUCCAAUGAGAUUGACUCUUCCAUACCUCCGGGCACCGUGGAUAGUGCUGCAUGCAAAGCGGAUCCGUGCUGCUUGUGGAAGUGGAUAUCGUACGAAAUGACUGCAAAGUUCAACGGCACCUCCGGUCGCUGCACAAAGUUUGCACGAGGAGCGGUGCGGUUGGGCUUCCACGACGCAGCAGUUUGGACAAAUACGAGUACCACGGGUGGCGCGGAUGGAAGUAUCUUACUCUCCAACGAGAUGGAUCGCGCGGACAACGAUGGCCUGGAAGCGAUUGCAGACCAAAUGAAGUCCUGGUACAACAAGUACAACAAGUACGGCGCCUCGAUGGCCGAUCUUAUUCAAUUCGGCGCCAAUGUCGCUACUGUGGUCUGUCCGCUCGGCCCACGGAUCCGAUCCUUCGUUGGUCGCAAGGACAAUUCGAAAGCCGGACCGACUGGCCUGCUGCCUGCUGUAACCGACUCGGCCGACAAGCUCCUCAAGCUCUUCGCCGCAAAGACGAUCGAUGCGCAUGAUCUCAUUGCUUUGGUCGGAGCCCAUACCACUUCGCAGCAGCACUUCGUCGAUACCGCAAGGGACGGUGACCCACAGGACACCACUCCUGGAAUCUGGGAUGUCGCAUUCUAUCCGCAGACAACUGCGAACCCGCCACCUCGAGUGCUCAAGUUUCAGAGCGACAUCAAUCUUAGCGGGGAUUCGCGCACUAAGGCGGACUGGGCAGCUUUUGGCGCCGGCGCUACAGGCCAGAAUGCUUGGAAUCUGGACUAUGCCAAAGCGUACACACGUAUGUCGCUACUUGGUGUCAACAACAUCAAUGACCUGAAGGAGUGCACGAAGGUUCUUCCACCGGAGCGCACUUCGUUUGUUAGCCAGGAUCAGGUGGUGUUGGACAUGUGGCUGCAGGGACAAUUCGACCAGUUGAACAACAUGGUGGACGAUGCUAUCAUGCUCACUGGCGUGAUCACUAACCCUGGGAAGGAGUAA